AUGCGCUCAUACAACCCGAUGUGCGUGAUCGAUGUCACCAUCCAGGUAGUCUCACUCGAGCAGAGGACCAAGAGACCUCGCGUGACUGGCCCGCAGCCUCUCUCCGACGACGGAAGCAGCAUGGCGGCGAGUAUCAACGCAGCGAUCGCCGCUCUCAUCGAUGCUGGGGUCCCUCUACGGUUUGCAGCCGCUGCUGUCUGCUGUGCUGUGAUGGAAGAUGGAACAAUCGUCUCCGAUCCCAGCAGGGAGCAAGAGACCAAGGCUGUAGGGACUUGCACGUUCGUCGUGAGGAUUCCGAACGAGGAGAUUGUCAGCUCUAUACCGUCAGGGUUCGUGCAGGAGAAGAGUUACUUGGCUGCCAUGGAAGCCGCUUGCUCCGAGGCACACAUCGUCAGCGCAUUUUUGAGGAUGGCGAUGGAGCAGAAGAUCAGCCGCGAGCGGCAGUGCUGGGGGGAUGUCUAA